ACGCCACUUUGCUGAUCUCGCCCCUGCCUGCCAGACACACGCCAUCAACCUGACGUCUUCCACUCAAACUCAACCCCGACACUCCUUUCCUGGGCCAGAUACCACUCCCUGUUCAUUGACAUUCCUUGCCUCCUUCACGCCGCUCCUUUAUCACACCUCGAAGAUCCUCUGCAAUUUUUCAGCCAUUCGACGCGCAUCACGCUCCAGACGUUGACUGAGCCGUUCUGCCUUGAUUACUCCAGAACCUUGUCUCAUCCGCCCCUUCCGAGCGCCUCUCCUGCGAGUAGUAAUACUCCACGACCGCCACUGGGCCUAUCUAUCGCAAAGAACGUUGCGCGGGCGCGCUUAAUCGACUCCUAAUCGACCCGACGAAUACAUAAUUAUUACUACGCCCUUGUUGGCUUGUCCUCGAAUACACCGACACUCGCACACGACCAGUUUGACCACUGCCAGCCAUGGUGAACGACUCGGCGAGCAGCCCAAACAACAUGGCUGCCAAUCAUUCUCUAUUCGAUACCAGCCUUCCGCCACUGCCAGACUAUGAGCUCACCCUACAGUCCGACAUGCUGCCUUUCAUAUCGGACUUCUGGCUCAAUCUCAUCGCACCCAUUAUCGUGUACUGGACCAUGUCUAUGAUGUUCCACGCCGUCGAUACCCUAGACCUAUUCCCACAAUAUCGCCUCCAUACGCCAGAGGAAAUAACGAAGAGGAAUCACGUCUCGCGAUACGAGGUCUUGCGCGAUGUCAUCAUUCAACACAUCAUCCAGGUCCUGGGCGGCGCUGUGCUUUCGUUGACUGAACCGCCUGAGAUGACCGGCAAGGACGAGUACAACGUUGCCGUCUGGGCGACCCGCCUGAGGCUGUCGCAGCGCAUCCUGCCUGGCCUUUUGAGUCUCGUUGGACUCAAUGCGACGGCAAUCUCCAAGAACAUGGCUACGUCGCACCCCAUCUUGGCUGGCGCGUUGGCUGGAGGAUACUACCCCUUCCUGACCACGGACGCACACGUGCCAUCGUUUGCGCCUUGGGAGUUGAUGUGUGCCAAAUUCAUCUACUGGGUAGCAAUUCCAGCUGUCCAGCUAUUCGUAGGAGUUGCUUUCUUGGACACCUGGCAGUACUUUCUCCACCGUCUCAUGCACAUGAACAAGUGGAUGUACACUACCUUCCACUCGCGUCACCAUCGUCUCUACGUGCCCUAUGCCUAUGGCGCUCUGUACAACCACCCGUUUGAGGGCUUCCUGCUGGACACACUGGGCGCCGCCAUCGCUUUCAAAAUCGCCGGCAUGACCCUGCGUCAGGGCAUGUUCUUCUUCUGCUUCUCCUCGAUGAAGACCGUUGACGACCACUGCGGCUAUGCGUUCCCUUGGGACCCAUUGCAAGCUAUUACUAGCAACAAUGCUGCAUACCACGACAUCCAUCAUCAGACAUGGGGCAUCAAGACGAACUUUUCGCAGCCUUGGUUCACUUUCUGGGACUGUCUGCUCGGGACCAAGUACGAGGGCAAACGGACAGACCGUUUGGCAGACAAGAAGCGCGAGCAGGAAAAGGCGGCAACCAGGGCGAAGUGAGUUGGAUCAAGCGACAUUGCAUUUCGGGGAAUACGGGAGACACACACAGCGACGACAUGCAUGAUUUCCGUUUCGUGAUGCUGCUCUCUCAAAUUCGACAAGAGAGGGCGCGUCUUUUUACUUCUGCAUGAUGCUUCGAUUUUGCAGCAAGACUA